AAGCACAACAAAUAUUGACGAGGCUCAUAGGUCUGUGCUUGUGCUGGAAGUUUCUGUCCUGCUGCUUAGCUGAGUGUGUGUGUGUUCGAGUUUGUGCCGUCCGGUCCCGCACACGGCUAACCAUGAAGCUCCUGCUGUUUCUCGCCCUGCUCAUCGGUUCCUGCAGGGCCUUUGAAUUCAUCAUCGAGGGAGAGUGGGAGAGUGAGGAUUCUGAGUACCAUAAUGAACGAUUCAGGAGAAAUGUGCUAACCAGUGAGGAAGAGGAAUUUGAGGCCAUAAAGGGGGAUGACAUCACAGUUAAGAGCUAUAAAGUGGAGAGCAGAAUCACGUCCAGAUUCGUUCACACUACAGUUAAGAGCUCUGUGGUAAACUCAGGUCCCAGCGCACAGAGUAUCGGUUUUAACGUCCAGAUCCCCAAACGUGCUUUUAUCACCAACUUCACUAUGAAUGUGAAUGGGAUCACAUUUAUUGGUUCCGUGAAAGAAAAAACGGUGGCACGGAACCUCUAUGCUCAGGCCAGAGCCCGAGGGAAAGCCGCAGGAAUCGUCAGGGCUAACUCUCAGGCUAUGGAGACAUUUAAGACAGAGGUCCAUGUGCCUGCAGGCAGUAAUGUAGAGUUUGAGCUGCAUUACCAGGAGAUGAUGCACAGGAAGUUGGGUUUUUAUGAACAUGUGCUACACCUACAGCCUGGGCGACUUGUUCCCGUGCUGCAGGUGGAUGUAUACAUAUUCGAACCCAAAGGGAUUGCCUUUGUAGAGGCUCCAAACACCCUGGGAGAACACUUUGUAGACCUGAUCAAAGUAACACACACAAAAGAUAAAGCUCAUGUUGUGUUUAAACCUACGCUACAGCAACAGCGUAAGUGUCACAACUGCACUGAGACUGCUGUGGAUGGAGUGUUCACCGUUAAAUAUGACGUAGCGAGAGAGGGCAAUGCAGGAGAACUUCAAGUGUCUGAUGGUCAUUUUGUUCAUUUCUUUGCUCCGAACAACCUCUCUCCUCUCUCUAAAAACAUUGUGUUUGUAAUUGACGUGAGUGGCAGCAUGUGGGGACUAAAGAUGAAACAGACGGUGGAAGCGAUGAAGGCUAUUCUGGACGACCUUACAAUGGAUGAUUAUUUCAGUAUCAUUGACUUCAACCAUAACGUGCGUUGCUGGAAUGAGGAUUUGGUUCCUGCAUCUUCAAUUCAGGUGGAGGAUGCUAAAAAGUAUAUCCAAAACAUCAAACCAAAUGGAGGCACUAACAUUAAUGAGGCUCUUCUGAAGGCAGUGCAAAUGCUCGUCAAAGCAUCCAAUCAGGGUCUUAUCAACCCACGGUCUGUGUCCAUGAUCAUUCUGGUAUCUGAUGGAGACCCCACUGUGGGGGAGAUUAAGUUGAGCGCUAUUCAAAAGAACGUCAAGCGUCUCAUGCGUGAAGAUUUCUCGCUUUUCUCUCUGGGAAUUGGCUUUGACGUGGACUUCGACUUCCUGGAGCGGCUUGCCAUUGAAAACAGGGGUGUGGCCCAGAGAAUCUAUGCCAAUCACGACGCAGCAGAGCAGCUAAGGGCCUUCUACAGCCAGGUGUCCUCUCCUCUUCUGAGGAAGAUCACCAUCCAGUUCCCUGACGAAGCAGUGACUGAUGUCACUCAGAACCAUUUUGAUAAGUUUUUCAGUGGAUCAGAGCUGGUAGUGGCAGGGAAGCUCCAGCUGUCUGAUUUGACCGCACUGCAGAGUUUCACCACUGCCUCUGCCGCCACCAUGGAACUGUCUCUGCAGACAGAGACAGAGCUUCAGGAGCUGGACACUCUGCUGAGCCAACAGCAGCAUUCUUUCAAUGGCUUUGCCCGCCAGAUGUGGGCAUACAUCACUGUCAACCAGCUACUCGCUGAACGCUCCCUGGCCCCAACAGCACCUAAAAAGCGCAGGAUCACACAGCGCAUCCUGAAUCUGGCUGUGGAGCAUCAGUUUGUCACACCUCUCACUGCGCUUCUCGUGGAGAGUGAGGGGGGGCAAGAAAGGCUGCUUGCUGACUCACCCAAGGACCCCAAACAAGGCUGUUGCCCAGCUGCAGCCCUGGGAGGCAGAACUCCUUCACAGGUUCUUUACAGUAUUCCUCCGUGGGCUCCUAUGCCGACCUCUAUUCCACAAACUCCCAGUCCAGUGGUAAGGCCCUUACCUGAGCACAUCACCAUUGUGGAGAACGACCCUCACUUCAUCGUCCAUUUGCCCAAGAACAACAUGGACGUUUGCUUCAACAUUGACUCAAAGCCCGGACACAUCCUGAGCCUGGUGUCUGACCCUGGCACUGGAGUGGCGAUAAAUGGGCAGUUGGUGGGCGCAAAGAAGAUGCGGGAUAAUAAACUGAACACGUAUUUUGGCACCAUUACCGUGUCCCACAAGCCCACAGGCGUCCGGGUGGAUGUGGGGACGACACAGAUCGACGUGACGGAGGGGAAGAACAAUCACUCUUUCUCAUGGGCAGACACAGCUACACUCUUGUUGAACAGGGUGAACAUUGAGAUAAUGAAGGAGCAAAAGGUUAUCGUGACGAUUGACGGCAAAAUCACGGUGAUGGUUCUUUUGCAUGGCGCCUGGAAGAAGCACCCAAUAAACGUGGACUUCCUCGGUUUUUACGCCCCCAGUGACAAUCAGUAUUCCUCAGUGGCCCACGGCCUCAUUGGUCAGUUUACUGAGGAACCAGAGGUGAGGGUGUUUGAUCUGCAUGAUGGUGCUGACCCAGAGAAGAAAGAGGCCACCAUGGAGGUGAAGGGACAAAAGCUGGCUGUCACCAGGGGCUGGCAGAAAGACUACAGGCGAGAUAAGAAGAGGGGAUCCUCUGUUUACUGCUGGUUUGUCCACAACAGUGGGAAGGGCUUCAUUGAGGGCCAUUAUACCGAUUACAUUGUGCCUCGGCUGGACAGCUUCCUGACGAUGGCCUGAGUCCGUGGAUGUCUGUGUGUACCAUGAAGAUCACUACAAAGAAAUGCCGAAGAAACAAACUAAAUUGUUGGGACUGGGCCUAAGUGCACGUGGUCGGUCUGGAAGGUAGAAAAAGAAAACAGGACGACAGAGCUCUACUAUUAAAACCAACAACAACAACAAUGCAGCAGUUAAAUUUAAAUAUAAAAAAAAUAUACGUUUGGAGACAAUGGGCUGUCCUUUUAUACAUCUCUGUUUGAAAAAAAAAAUCUCUACUUAAUGUGAUGCUAAGUUUGUAAGUUUAACAUUGGGAAAACUGGUUGGUGUGAAAUUUACAAUAAAAUUCAAUUCAGAGAUAAUGACCUAAAAAA